AUGGUUUUCCCAGUACAGUAUGGCGCCAUCUCUCGCAAAGAAAAUCAACUAAGACACACGCAACCCCAAAUAAUAUUAUUGAAAGAAGGGACUGAUGUCAGCCAGGGAAAAGCUCAGCUGGUGUCAAACAUAAACGCCUGUCAGCAAGUCGUCGACGCCGUGAGAACAACUCUCGGUCCUCGUGGAAUGGACAAAUUGAUUGUAGAUGCCAAUGGAAAAGGUACUAUCUCCAACGACGGCGCUACUAUCCUCAAGCUUUUGGACAUUGUUCAUCCAGCAGCCAAAACUCUAGUAGACAUUGCCAAAUCUCAGGAUGAAGGAGUUCACCCGCGUAUAAUCAUAAAAGCAUUCAGGAACGCACGAAAAAUUGCAAUCGAGAGAAUCCAAGAAUUGAGUGUAAAAAUAGAAAAAUCAACUGCCGAGGAAAAACGGAGUCUGCUGGAAAAAUGCGCCGCUACUGCGAUGAACUCCAAACUUAUCCACCAGCAGAAGGAUUUCUUCAGCAAGAUGGUCGUCGACGCUGUUUUGCUCCUCGACGAGUUACUCCCGCUCAACAUGAUUGGUAUCAAGAAAGUAUCCGGAGGUGCGUUGGAGGAUUCGAUCUUGGUGGCUGGUGUAGCCUUCAAAAAAACUUUCUCGUACGCGGGUUUCGAAAUGCAGCCCAAGAAAUACUCACCCUGCAAGAUAGCCAUGCUGAACAUUGAACUGGAGCUUAAAGCUGAGCGCGACAACGCCGAAGUUCGUGUAGACAACGUUGCCGAGUACCAAAAAAUCGUUGACGCCGAAUGGCAAAUACUCUACGAGAAACUCGAAAAGAUCGCCAAGAGUGGAGCAAAUGUCGUUCUUUCAAAGUUACCUAUUGGUGAUGUUGCGACUCAGUACUUUGCUGACCGUGAUAUGUUUUGCGCCGGUAGAGUCCCUGAUGAAGAUCUCAAGAGGACCAUGAAAGCUUGUGGCGGAGCUGUCAUCACCACUGUCAAUGAUAUCGACGACACUGAGACAGAGCGGUCAUUGCACGACGCCAUUAUGAUUGUCAGGCGUAUGAUUAAGAAUGACGCAGUGGUCGCUGGUGGAGGAGCUAUUGAAAUAGAAUUGUCUCGUACACUUCGUGAUUACUCGCGUACAAUUGCUGGGAAAGAGCAGCUCUUGAUCGGCGCUAUUGCUCGCGCUCUCGAAGUUAUUCCGCGACAGCUCUGCGACAACGCUGGAUUUGACGCGACCAACAUCCUCAAUAAAUUGAGGCAAAAACAUCACCAGGGUAAAUGCUGGUUCGGUGUAGACAUUCUCAACGAGGACAUUGCCGACAAUAUGGACGCCUGCGUAUGGGAACCAGCAGUCGUUAAGAUAAACGCCCUCACAGCCGCCAGUGAGGCUGCUUGUCUUAUUCUCUCGGUCGAUGAGACCAUUAAAAAUCCUCGCAGCGGUGAUGCUCCUCAGAUGCCUGUCGGUGGUAUGGGUCGCGGUAUGGGACGACCUAUAAUUAAUAAUAAUAAUAAUAAAUAA